AAGAGCGAACGAGGGGCUGAAAGGCGGGGACCCGGAAGAGUGGGCGCAGCCGGCUGAGUCUCUGGUCGCCUCUUAGUGGAAGCUGAAAGGCCUGGCAGCCGCCAUUAUGUUCCAGUUUUUGGUUGGUUUUGCACUUGGUAAUGUAGUUGGGAUGUAUCUUGCCCAGAACUAUGAUGUUCCGAAUCUCGCAAAAAAACUUGAAGACAUCAAGAGAGAUGUGGAAGCUAGAAAGAAGCCCCCAAAUGACAAAUGAUGAUGACUUAGUCCCAUCUAUAUUAAAUGCUGAUGAUAUAGGUUGCCACUGGGCCACAGGUGCCAAACCUUAAUGUGGAUUUUGUGGAUCUUUCCAAGUCUAAUCUUGGAGAACCUCAACUGCCCUCCAGCUGACGUGUUGCCUCAUCCCAUUGGACCUUCCAGGAUAUUUGACCUUUUUUUUUACUAUCCCCAAUGAUAAGAAAAACAGAGGAGACAGAGAAAUUGAAUUUUUGUUCUUAAUGAUGUGCUCAGUAUUUUCUAGUCAGUAUUAAUGUAUUGUAGGCAUAGAGUAAUGAAAUGUGUUUAUUAUUCCAAUUCACCAUACAAUGUUGUUGUUACAAGGGCUCAAGAAUGAAACUGAAGGAAGUCAAUCAUGAAAGAGCAUCCAAAGAUAACCUGUUUCCAAAUUUACUUGGGAGCACAGCUGUACAAUUCUUUUUAAUAACCUGUUUAUAAACAUACCUAAUCACUGAUUAAAAUUCUCUUUUUUCCUGAA